AUGAAAUUCCUGUAUCUGCUGCUGAGCAUUUGCAUCUUCCUGCUGUGCGCCCCCUGGUCUAAGGCCCAGACCAUACCCACCCUUGCUCUGCCGGAUCCAACACCUCCAAAUGGAGCUCCCGUAGACGGCGAAAGCACAGGCUUCCCCGGGCCACCAUCCGCAGCACCUACAGAACCCACACCCGAAGUCUCCACCAUAUAUCCAAUUUAUUGAUACAAUAUCUGAUGAUAUUUGAAUUAAAAAUUGAAUUGCAAGU